CCACUCCUCCAUCCCCAACCAACCCAUCAGUAAUCGUCCGGAUACUCGCGAUAACUGCCAAACUCACACGGUAGAGUGCUGAGAGACAUCACACGGUCCUUCUGAUCGCCCGCCGGUCGCGCGAUUCAGCCUCCGGGCGCACUGUCUGAACGGCUAUUCAUACUGCUACCAACGCGCGCAGCGCGCAUCAAAUCCAUCACAUUAGAUCGGAAACAGUAUCUCUACUGAGUGCGACAAGUGAGACGACGGCAGCGAGGGGCCAAUUAGGCGGAGGCGGUCCUCCCUGAGGGCGCGCGGUAGAAAGGGGUGGGUGCGUGGUGACGCGGGUGGCAAGCAGCGGAGUGAAUCGACAGUGAACGCGCAAAGUCGUAAUCCGCAAGUCCGGCGCGAUACAAUAUACUCGACGGCGACGAAGCCACAGUUGACAUCCAACCUGAAGUAUUCGCACGCCCACGACAAUCAGCAAAAUGUCGAACUACACUUUCCCGCACUCCGAUGCGCCUCUCAAGACGGUGCAGGAGAUCCAGUUCGGCCUGUUCUCACCCGAAGAGAUCAAGAACAUGAGUGUCUGUCAUAUCGAAUACCCUGAGACAAUGGACGAGCAGCGCCACCGGCCACGCGAAAAGGGCUUAAAUGACCCAAAACUUGGUUCCAUCGACCGCGGUACGCAGUGUGCCACCUGUAAGGAGGUACCCGAAAUCUGCCCGGGUCACUUUGGUCAUAUCGAGCUCGCGCAGCCGGUCUUCCACGUCGGCUUCAUCAUCAAGAUUAAGAAGAUCCUGGAGUCGGUGUGCCAUAAUUGCGGCAAGAUUCUGGCUGAUGAGAGCAACCCCGCAUUUGCUCAGGCCAUUCGCCUCCGCGAUCCCAAGCGCCGCUUCGAAGCCGUCCAUAAGAUUUGCAAAGGCAUCAGCAUUUGUCAGGUCGACGCGCCUCCCGAAGACGAUGGUGGCUACGGUCCAGACCCGAAGGCGGCGCUAAAGGUCAAAGGCCACGGUGGCUGUGGCAAUGCUCAGCCUAUCAUUCGUAAAGAGCAGCUUCGUUUGAACGGCACCAUCAAAGUCGCGAAGAGUGAUGAAGACGAGAAAGGCUCAAAGGCCGAGUCGGAAAAGAUUCCGAUCACGCCGCAGUAUGCGCUUAACGUCUUCCGCGCGAUCUCGGACGAGGAACUGGCUCGCCUAGGCUUGAACGCCGAUUACGCUAGGCCAGAGUGGAUGGUCCUCACCGUGCUGCCUGUCCCACCUCCUGCAGUACGUCCUUCGAUCUCCGUCGACGGUACGAGCCAGGGUAUGCGCUCCGAAGACGACUUGACCUACAAGCUCUCAGACAUCAUCCGCGCAAACUCCAACGUUCGUCGCUGCGAGAUGGAGGGCUCGCCUCAACACGUCACUGAGGAGUUCGUCCAGCUGCUACAGUUCCAUGUGGCAACGUACAUGGAUAACGACAUUGCUGGCGUACCGAGGGCACUACAAAAGAGCGGAAGGCCUGUCAAGUCCAUUCGCGCUCGUCUUAAGUCAAAGGAGGGCCGUCUGCGAGGCAAUCUCAUGGGCAAGCGUGUCGACUUCUCCGCGCGUACCGUUAUCACUGGUGAUCCAAACCUUGAUCUUGACCAAGUCGGCGUGCCUCGCUCAAUCGCCAAGACGUUGACAUUCCCGGAAACGGUGAAUGCUUACAACAUCCAGAAGCUGCAGGAGCUCGUUCGUAAUGGACCUAACGAGCACCCUGGCGCCCGCUACGUCAUUCGAGGCGAAGGCGAGCGUAUUGACCUGCGGCGUGCGAAGAAUGAUGUUCAGCUACAAUACGGCUGGAAGGUCGAGCGGCACAUUGUCGACGGCGACUACAUCAUCUUCAACCGCCAGCCGUCGCUGCACAAGGAGUCUAUGAUGGGGCACCGUGUCAAAGUUAUGCCCUACUCGACUUUCCGAUUGAACCUGUCGGUCACCUCACCGUACAACGCCGACUUUGAUGGCGAUGAGAUGAAUUUGCACGUUCCGCAAUCGCACGAGACUCGUGCGGAAGUAAGCGAGCUUUGCGCCGUGCCGAAGAAUAUUGUGUCGCCCCAGAAGAACGGUCCACUGAUGGGUAUUGUGCAAGACACUAUGGCCGGUAUCUACAUGAUGACCCGGCGUGACGUGAUGAUCGACUACGAGAAUGUCAUGAACAUUCUCUUGUGGCUGCCGAACUGGGACGGAGUGGUACCUCAACCCGCCAUCCUCAGGCCAAAGCCUAUGUGGACCGGCAAGCAGAUAAUAUCGCUUGCGCUUCCGGCAGGGCUCAACCUCCAGCGCAUGGACGACGAGAAUACACCGCAUAUCCCGCUCAAGGAGAAAAAGGGAUUGCUUGUACAGAACGGCGACCUAGUGCUGGGUCGCUUCGUUAAGAAGAUCGUUGGUGCUUCGCAAGGUGGUGUUGUACACUACAUCUUCAACGAUAAUGGCAGUGAGGGUCCGAAAGCGGCCGUUGAGUUCUUCAACGCCGCGCAGCGUGUUGUCUGCUACUGGCUACUGCACAAUGGUUUCAGUGUUGGCAUUGGCGACACCGUUCCCAAUCAGGACAUGGCAAACAAGAUUGAGGCGGCUGUCCAGAAGGAGAAAGAUCAGCUACUCGAGCUUGUCAAGACGGUGGAAAAUAACGAGCUGGAGACCUUGCCCGGCAUGACGAUCCGAGAGACGUUUGAAUCGAAAGCUAAAUCGUUCCUGGACAACGCCCGCAACAACGCCGGCGACAUCGCAUUCAACGGUAUGAGAGCUUGCAACAAUGUCGGCACCAUGGUGCAGUCUGGUUCGAAGGGUUCGUCCACGAAUGUCUCUCAGAUGACGGCAGCUGUGGGUCAGCAGUCACUGGAGGGCAAGCGCUUGCCGUUCGGGUUCAAAUACCGCACCCUUCCGCACUUCCCGAAGGAUGACUACUCCCCAGCAUCAAGAGGCUUCGUUGAAAACUCCUACUUGCGUGGCUUGACACCACAUGAAUUCUUCUUCCACGCGAUGGGUGGUCGUGAAGGUCUCAUCGACACAGCUGUCAAGACUGCCGAGACCGGUUACAUUCAGCGUCGUCUGGUCAAAGCUCUCGAAGAGGUCAUGGUCAAGUACGAUGGCACUGUCCGCAACUCCAUGGGUGACAUUGUGCAGUUCAUCUACGGCGAAGACGGUCUUGAUGCAAUGUGCAUUGAGCCUCAGACGCUCGACAUCAUCACGGCGAGCGCUGCUGCCUUUGACAAGAAAUACAAGAUUGACAUUAUCAACCCAGCGUCGAAAGAUCUCAUGCUCACUAACGACAUGCUGGAGAUGGCUGAUGAGAUUCGUGGCGAUGUCGAUGUGCAGCGGCUCUUCGAUGAGGAGUUUGAACAAAUCUCCAACGACCGUGACAAGAUUCGUAAAGGCCUGGGUCCAGACGAGGCGGAUCAGAGCAGGCAGUUGCCACUCAACGUUGACCGUAUGAUCCGAAACGCAAAGGAUCGCUUUAAAAUCAAAGAUGGCGCCCGCAGCAACCUUGAUCCGAGGUACGCUGUGCCGAAGAUUAAGGAGAUGCUUGACAGGCUCAUCAUCGUGCGCGGCGACGACCCGCUGUCGAUCGAGGCCGAUCUUAACGCAACGCUGCUGUGCAAGGCAAACUUCCGAUCAAGGCUGGCAUUCAAGCGUAUCGUUAAGGAUGAUUCGCUUAACCGGGAUGCGCUUGACAACAUCCUUGGUGACAUUGAAAGUCGCUUCUCACGCGCCUUGGCCAGUCCUGGCGAGAUGGUGGGUGUGCUUGCAGCGCAGUCCAUCGGUGAGCCGGCCACUCAGAUGACUUUGAACACAUUCCACUUGGCUGGUGUGACUGCAAAGACCACCACCAAGGGUGUGCCUCGGCUGAAGGAGAUUCUCAAUGUGGCAGAGAACCUCAAAACGCCGCAGAUGAAGGUGUACCAGCUGCCAGAGGACAAGCUGAGCCAAGAGAAAUGCAAGGAGCUUCGAUCGAAGGUGGAGCAUACGUCGCUUAGGAACGUGACGGAUGAGACUCAGAUUCACUACGAUCCGGAUAUCACCUCUACGACCGUCGAAGAGGACCGUGACAUGGUUGAAUCCUACUUCAUCAUCCCCGAAGACUCCGCCGAGCCGAUCGAGCUUCAAAGCAAGUGGGUUCUGCGCAUCGUUCUCGGGCGCCGUCAGCUACUUGAUAAGGGCCUCACCGUUACCGACGUUGGCCAUGCGAUUAAAGAGCACUUCGGCCAAGACACUGCUGUCGUCUUCUCCGAUGACAAUGCUGACGAGCAAGUUGUCCGUGUACGCCUGUUGCAGAGAGGGGCCGGGAAGAUGGACGAGGAUGAGGAUGUCGACGAAUCACCCGAAGACAUGCUCCGGCGCCUGGAGAGCCACAUGCUUGACUCGGUGGCCUUGCGUGGUGUUAAGAACGUCAAGCGUUGCUUCGUCAGCUCCGAGACUGUCAUGCGUGAGAAGCCUGAUGGCUCGCUCGUGAAGAGCAAGAGCGACGAUCUCUGCAAAGAGUGGCUUUUGGAUACCGAUGGCUUCAACCUUAAGGAGACCCUCUCAGUGACGGGUGUGGACCCGACCCGCACGACCUGCAACCACUUCGGCGAGAUCUUCAGGUGCUUCGGCAUCGAAGCUACACGCGCGGCGCUUAUGAGAGAGCUCAGCGCCGUGCUGACAGGUGACGGCUCGUACGUCAAUUACCGUCACAUGGCCAUAUUGUGCGAUGUCAUGUGUGCUAGAGGCACGCUGAUGGCUGUCACGAGGCAUGGUAUCAAUCGUGCGGAUACGGGUGCGCUGAUGCGGUGCUCCUUCGAAGAGACUGUAGAGAUCCUGUUCGAAGCUGCUUCUUCUGGCGAGUUGGACGACUGCAGGGGUGUCUCUGAAAACAUCAUCUUGGGUCAGUUGGCACCUUCUGGUACUGGUGAAUUUGACAUCCUGCUUGAUCAAGAGAUGCUCAAGACCGUCGUUUCGGCUCAGCGGCCUAUUGGGGCUGCGGCUAUGGGUGCAGCAAGCCCGAUGGACGGUGCCGCUACGCCAUACGAUAUGGGUUCUCCGCUUGCCGAGGGCGGCUAUGCGGGUGGACCGGAUUACAGCGCCAGCUUCUCGCCCAUCAUUGAUGCUGGCCAGGCGGACUCUGGGGGCCUUACUGGUUAUGGUGGUGGCUUUGGCGGUGCCAGCCCUUACUCUGGCGGUAUGAGUCCAGGCUAUGCGCCCACGAGUCCAUUCAGCAGCGGCAUGAGUCCGACGUCGCCUGGCUAUGGCUACUCGCCUACCUCACCGGCCGGCUACUCACCAACUUCGCCUGGCUUCGACGGCGCGACUAGCCCGGUGUAUCACGUCACGAGCCCACGCUUUUCCCCAGCAAGUCCUGCAUACACGCCGACCUCGCCGACCUAUUCGCCGACCUCACCUGUCUACCAUGGUGGCAACAAAGUGUCCCCGACGUCUCCAUCUUACUCCCCUACGUCGCCUUCAUAUUCUCCGACCUCGCCGAACUACAGCCCGACGUCACCGAACUACUCACCGACUUCGCCCGCACACCAGCCUGGCUCGGCCACGUCCCCGAAGUACUCGCCGACUUCGCCGCAGUACUCGCCAACAUCGCCGCAGUACAGCCCUACAUCACCGCAGUACUCACCCACAUCGCCUACAUAUUCACCCACGAGCCCGAAGUACGGGAGUGGUGUAGGCCCUUCUGGCACGUCACCUACGUCGCCAAAUUACAGUCCGACCAGCCCGGUGUACAGCCCGACAAGUCCAGCGGUGAAUGGCUACUCGCCAACAUCACCGGGUCAUAGUGGGAACAAUCCGAAGUACUCGCCGACUAGCCCACAGUACUCUCCGACGUACGUUGCCAUUCUCUCACUCUGAUAUAGGACAUCGUGCUAACAUCGCUGUAGCUCUCCCCGCGAUGAGUCAUGAUUGCUUCAUUUUCGUCUACGGCG